AUGCCAGGCUCAAAACCUAGCAUGGCUGUGCAGGAGAAACACAGUGACACCCCUCCAUCGCAGGGUUCUACUCGUACCACCGAGAGCCAGAAGAAGAGGAAUGCAUCUGAUGGAGCAGGAGACAAUGACGGUUCCAUCAAACCAAAGAGAGCCUCCUCUUCGGUCCACAAGGCGGCCCAGAUCUGCAACGCAGUGGCCAACGGACCGAAUAUUGACGAGAGGCUGAAAGCAGCACGGGAACGAAGAGAGGAGCACCAGAAGCUGCUCGCCUCUCGGGAGCAGGGCCGAUUGGAGCGGGAGCAGCGGGCCCGGCGGUACCACGAGCAACAGCUGCAGGAGCGUAAAGACAAACUCCUGAACCAGAGGCUGAAGGAGGAGAGGAAGAGGGCCGCCGUGGAGGAGAAGCGCAAGCACAAGCUGAAGGAGGAGAAAGAGCGAUAUGAAUGUGCAGUGCGUAGGACGGUGGAGAAGAGCCAAAGGGUCCAACAGAGCCUCAGUCUGAACUCAAGAGGAAGGAAACUCACCAAGAACACGCCACGUCGCUCGCCUCUGACAUCAUGGGAGAGGAACCUGGUCAGUCGCCUGCUAACCCCCACGUGCUCUUACCUGGCCAGGAGCAAGAGUGCUGCUUGUCAGUCGGGAGAAGAAGUUUCAUUCCACUCCAUGACUCCCACCACCACCACCACCAUCACCACCAUCACCGCCCCUCACAAACCCCAGCACCACAUGCCAUCUGCCCCCCCGCGUCCCAACAGCAGCCGGCGCAGAAGCGCCGAUACGCCGCAGGUCAAAGCGGCGAGACAGCAAGGCGCCCGCGAGAAGAACUCAAACGCCAGACCCCCUGCCGUCACCACCGCCGUGAAACCAGCCAAGGUCAAACCGAGCAGAACGACCUCCCCGUCGCCCGAACGGAACCCCCGGAGGUCAACCAGCAGGCACUCGGCCCCGCUGCUGCAGCUGGAGCUCCCGUCGGUCCCCGAGGAAGACGUCGCCCUUUGUAGCUCGGCCCUCUCCCCCGGUAACUCGAGGCCCGUCGGGACGCCGGCUCGAGGUCGCCCGGAGAAAACGGGGGAUGAAAAUCCACCACCUAAAACAGGAGAGGGACACGGAAGUAAGCGAGAGGGAUGCUUGAAUAAAGUUAAUAAUGCUUCUCUUCGGGGUCCUCCCCCUACAGCUCCGCAGCCUCCUGAAGUCAUGUGCGGACCUUCAGCCGGGACGACAGACCCAGGGGAGGCGUCACGUCUCCUGGCAGAAAAAAGGAGAGAGGCCCGACUUCAACGCGAGGGAGAGGAGCGAGAGCGCCUGCGGAGAGAGGAGGCCGAAAGGCGGAGUCGCGAAGAGCUGGAGCGCAAGAGGGCCGACGAGCGAGCGCGACAGCAGGCCGAGGCUCGGCGUCUCGUCGAGGAGAAGACGAAGAGGGAGGAAGAGGAGCAGAGGAGGGCCGAGGAGGAGCGGGCCGAGGCCACGAGGGAAGCCGCCCUGCUGCAGCGACAGAGAGAGGAGGAACAAGCCAAAGAGAGGGUCAAAGCAGAGCAGCUGAAACAAGAGCGAGAAACACUCGCCCGGAAGGAGGAGGCAGCGCGCCAAGCAAGAAAAAAGAGACUUGAGGAGAUCAUGCGGAGAACCAGAAGGACAGAUUCUCCAGAUACGAAAUCUGCUCCGGCGAGCAUUUUGCCAAAUGAAGUCCAACCAAAGGAAAACACGCAGCCCGUGCACAACGGCGCCGUGGAGGUGGCCGUCAAGCCGCCGGCGGGGACGAAGACCUCGCAGCUGGAGCUGAACCACGAGGAGGACGUGGUACCCGUGGUGGCCUUCAAAGAACGCAGGUCCCUCAGGACCCUCACGGGCCUGGAGGAAAUCCAGAGCCACCAACGAGCGGGUGAGGCCGAUCACCGGAGAUUAAUCAAACACCCAGAACUUUGAUCUCCGGCUAGUGGCUCUUCAGAAGUCAGGCCCCUUAUAGACCUGGACACUUGCAGACCUGGUCCAUCUGAAUGAGCUGAAUGCUGCAAGCUCCAAGCA